UGCAAUAUUUCGCGCUGGUACUUGAACAACUUUGCACAAUGCACCAGGCACGCGCUCUUACAGGUGCACCCUCUGACUAUCCAAGUCCUUGACUGCCCGUUUACCUUCUCACGGAGCCAUUUCCAGGAAUUACCGACAGCUUGAUAUGCAUCAUACAUAUAGCCCUUGCCAAAUACUUUCGGCCCACCAUUGUAGUCGGGUUCACCCCGGGCCUAUGGAAUACCAGUGAAUUAAUUACACGUAGCAGUGAAUCCUAUAAGAAUAGAACAUGCCCACCACCUAGGUGAAGGAGCUGUCGAACCGCGGACUGAGCCUCGCCCCGGCUUCCGCUUGGGCGUGGCGAUUAUCCCAAUUGUCCUAGCUCGUUGCGACCACUCGCCAGCUCAGCUUCUGGUCAGGAGCUUUAAUCAGGCGCACAAUGGGUUGUAGCUCUUCUGUUCACGCGGCUCCGCCACCAACAACAACGCAGACCCAUCAGCAAGGCGAGACAGUCAAGCCGCAGCCCAUCACCCCCGACUCGCGGCUGCUGCGCGGGCAAGCGCACCACUCCGCUGGCAGGGUGGCGGAGGCGAUGAAGGAGCUGAACGCCACCAUCGCCACCUGGCCGACAUACGCAAGAGCCUACCUGGAGCGCGGCAACGUGCGGCUGGAGCAGCGGGACUACCGCGGGGCGGUGGCCGACUACACGCGCGCGCUGCAGCUGCAGGGGAACCUGCUGCAGGCCUACAUGAUGCGCUGUCACGCCCAGUUGGAGCUGCGGCAGUUCGAGGAGGCGCUGCAGGACGUGCGGGAGGCGGAGCGGCUGGACCCUGAAAACGCGCAAGUACGGCUGCUAAAGGUGCAAGUACGGAAGGCGCAAGCAGCCGCUCAGAACGCAGCGUCCAACGGAGGAUCGACCCAUGGGUCGAUCGGGGGAGCAAGCGGCGAGGAGGAAGACGCCUUUGCAGGAAUCGACACCCCCAAAUCCUCCACGCCCUCCACAUCGGUUCGCAAGCUCUGCAUGGUCUGUAUGGACGCGGAACGAGAGUGCCGGCUGCGCCCCUGCAUGCACGCGGCGCUGUGUGUGGAGUGCGCCAACGGGCUCAUGGCGCGCGGCUACGGCUGCCCCAUCUGCUCCUCGCGCAUAGAGCAGGUGGAGCGCGGUUCCUUCAUGCACACCUUCACCGUGGAGGAGGCGCAGGGCAUCACAGCCAGCACCCGCCUCGGCGCCAACCCCUCCACCCCCUCACCCGGCAAGUCACCGCUGGGCCGGCGCUUCCCUGGCGGCGGCUCUCCCCUGGAGCACAUUGCCGAGGGCGACGAGGACGCGCACAAUACCUCCGCCUCCGUCGCCGCCACGAUCGCCGUCGUCGUGGCAGCGGAGGCGGCAGCCGCUGAGCUGGCGGAGGCGGCGGGGCCGCCGCCGUCGCCCCCCGUACAAUUGGAUCCGCAUCCGCUGGCGGCGCGGGCGGCGCUGACGGCGUCUCGCAGCUUCGCGGAGGCGCUGGCGGGUGCGACGUUGUUGGCGACGGCGGAGGGGGAGGUGACAGAGGUGGCGGCGGGGGAAGGAGCGGCGACGGGGCCGGCGGCGGCGGCGGGUACUGCGCCGCCGCCAUUACCUGGAGCUGUGGUGGACGAGGGGGAGGGAGAAGAAGAGGAGGAGGAGCAUUCGUUGACGGCUCCGAGCGUUCCUGAGAUGCGGGAGAGCGGUGCUGGCGGCAGCGGUCGUGAGGAGGAGGAAGAGGAGGAAGACGAGGAGGCGGAGGAGGAGGAAGAAGAAGAGGAGGAAGAAGAAGAGGCGGAGGAAGAGGAAGAGGAGUUGGAGGAGGACGGUGAGGAGGAAGGCGAGGAGGAGGAGGAGGAGGAAGAAGAAACGGAGGGCCAUGGGAGUGGGCAUGACGUAAGUGAGGGCGGCGGAAGCGGUGAGGAGCAACCCGCCCGCAGCGGCGGUAACGGCACUGACGACGGCGGACAUGGCGGCAACGACGGCGACGGCAGCAGCGGCGACGAUGGGGACCUUGAGGCUAGUACGGCAGCUGAGUCGGAAAGCGCCGAUGGAAGCCAUGCUAGCGCCAGCAACGGCGACGUCGCAGCCGUCCGUACACCCACCGCCGCCACCGCUGUCAGCGGCGACGACGACGGCAUUCCGCACGUUGACGGCGACGUCGACGGCGCUGCGAGUGUUGCUAUCACGGCUCUUGAAGGCGGCGGCGGCGGAGGCGACACAGCCGCUGCCGGCGACGACGGCGGCGUGUUGUCCCCCGGCACGUCCGCCUACGUGGCGAAUAGCCUGGCCGACUGGAUAGACGUACACCAAAUGCAGCUGGAGGAAGAAGCACGUGCGCAGCAGCAGCAGCAGCGGCAACGUGAGAAACAGAAUCCGCAGCAACUGCUGCUGUCACCUUCAUCGCAACCAGGGUCACACCCUUCUCCAGAGCCUUUGGACGCACCAGCGGAGGCGGAUGACAAGUACGACGAUGAUGGCCUUGACGGCGGCGACAGCAGCCGCAGGAGGAGCAGCUUUGUGGGGUUUUCCGCGCCGCCGGCACCCGUAACGCCCGAGCCUGAGGGAGGGUUAGCGGAGGCGGUGCCGUCAGCGGUACCAGUGCGCUAUGCGGCUGGCCCGGUGGCGGAGAGCGUUAACCAGGGUUGCGGUUGCAGGGGUGAGAAGGGAGGAGACGCCGCUGCUGCUACUACUGGGGUGCAAGGAUGGAUUGGCGGAGGUGGCUACUGCCGGUUGCUACAGCAGCAGCACCACCACCAUCAGCAGCAGCAGCAGCACCAGCAGCGAAGUACGGAAACGGCUGCCGUACGAGGCCUUGAGGCUGGGGUUUCGUCAGCAUCACAUGAAGCAUCUGCUGCCGCCGUAGCGUGGAGACGUUGCCGUGAAGGCGGCGGUGGAGGCGGUGGCGGGUCGAGUGUUAUGGCUGGUAUCCCCUCUCCAGCCGGAUGCGGCGGCGGGAAUCCGAGUCAGGCUAGCAGCUCUUAUUCACACAGCAGCACCAGCAGCAGCGGCAGCAGGGGUGCUACAAACGGCUGUAGGGCAAUACCGUACGGUGAAAUGUAUGUUAGGGCGAGGGUAUUCAACAGCUGCAGCAGCAGUACGGCAGCGGUUUCACAAUCGUGCAGCGCGAUAGGGGCUGUGGGUAGGCAGCGCUGUUAUGGCGGCGGUGCUGGGGGGUGUGCGGGUUGUGGAGGCGCGACAGCGGAGGGGGUUGGGAGAGGAGAGCGACCCAUGGGUCAUCCGCGGGUCGGGAAGAUUGGGGCCCUGGUCGGGAGCGUAGGGUCCUCCUCGGUUUGCGCCCCACCACAAGCGGACGGGGGGAGAGGCGGUGGUGGGAGUGGGAGAAGAAGUGGCAUUAGCAGCGGUAGCAGCGGCGGUGGUUGGGUGGGUGGAUUAGUGGAAGGAAGCCCUGCGGAAGCACCCAUUCUACCAGUGAAGCGGCCGCUUUAGCUGCCCGCCGAAUAAACUGUGUUUGCUCAGCAUUGUUCACAGGUUAUGAAUUGCCAUGUGACCGCCUGUUGUACGACGGCUUUAAUAUGGAUAGGUGUACUGCGGGAUGCCGUAUAUAGAUAUCAAGACACUGACUGGUGCUGCCGCGGAUACCGCAGGUAGCGUUGCCGAUGACCCCACUAACCCAUGUUUCUUUACUUAUGUCUUGCCGCAAGGCCAUACAUGGUUUCCUAGUAGUCAAUUGGGACAGGACGUAGGUGUUGAUCGCUGCGAUAUGCUUCUGGGGGGUGCGUCUACCCCCUGAUAACAGAUGAUCACAUACGACGCCACACCGCAACUCAACUCACAAAUCAUACCGUGAACUAGGCUUUCGCGCAACGUUACCAGGGACCCCCCUUGAAGGGCGCUGUCUGACACGUAUAAGGAGGAUGUGACAACUGCUGCUGUAUGGUGACGUCGCAAAGGACGCAAAAAACGCAGGUUUUCGCUAGAACGGUGCUUAUUGCCAGCUCCCAACUUGCCUUAUUAUGACGCUUGCAGUUGAUAUCCCCACCUAUUACGUCCUAUAUUUAUGGUAUAAAGGCUUCAGCAGCUGUGCUCUUCUGGGCCUUACGUGCCUGCUGUGGCUGGGUGUCCCCCCCCUAGCUCUUUGUGUAUUGUGUACGGGCAGGCUGGCCGGGGUAGCCUGGGUGCUGCCAGUGUGGUGCUUCCAGGGUGCUGCCAGGGUGGAGGGGUGACUCCGCGCUGCUUCCGGCCGCGUAUGUGCAUGCAUGAUGCUGCGGUGCAUGCCUGAUGCGCCCGACUGAUGCGCGCCGUAUGACUGCCCGUGUGCUGCAAUGCUCGCCUCUGCGUGCGCGCCUGCGUAUGAUGUGCGUGACCUGUGGGAUCUGAACGGUUGGUUGCUGGUUGCAUGCAUGCUGCUACCGGCGGUUUCACGGCGGUUUCUACCGGUAUGCCGUACACGGCAUACGGCAGACGAUGUGACUGAUGACCCGUACGGGAGUGCAUGAGGGGGCUAGUGGGCCUGCUGUGCAGCUGCUUGUUGGUGGUGCGGUAAGCAGGUGGCGUAAGGAGGGAACUUAACGAAGUGGAGGUGUUGAUAUUGAUCGGAGGGUUGGGUGAUGUGUGUACGAUGGGUUUGUUUAAUUUGUGGGUAUGCCUAAACCUAAACCUUCAUCUCCUAUUGCAACGUGCUGCACGACACCCUGCUCGUACCCUGCAAGGAAGUUGAGGACGCAGUUCCACAAGCUGAUUUGUACUGCUGCUAUGCACUGUUUAGCUACAUAUACGAAGCGCUAUGCGCCGCAUGGAGGGGUGCAUUGCAUGUAUGCAUACGGGUAGGGCAUUGUAGGGAUUGUGCAGAGACAUGCAUGGCUGUCUGUCUGGGAGUUCCCUCAUUCGCGAAACCCACAUCGACCAGCGCUCACGCGCGGCUGCUGUGUAUGGGGUUAUGUGGUGGCGGGUGCAGUGUCUCUCUUGUGGUGUUCCUGCUAUAGCCUGUGUGAAUCAGGUGGGGCUGUUAUAUACGGUACAUGAAAAACCCUAUAUAGAUAUGGUGUUGUAGGUAAUUACGGCUUAAAUACGUGCAUGGACUGCCGAACGUAUGAUACAGGAAUGUGUGACUUUUGUGCAUGCAAAAGGGAGUGGUGGUGGCCAAUGUUGGUGGUGGUUGGGGAGGCGCGCAUCCGAAAGUAUUCGAAACUACGGUUACUCUUACAGAGGCCGACAGUUACAAUUGUCAUGCACUGUCGACGUUUGGUCUAUGGAGACAGGCGCGUCUUGUAAUCGUGCAGUGGCUGAAGAAGAUGAGAGCUGUGAAGCAUUGCUGCAGGAAGUGGAGGGUAUCAUUGCCGGGGCUGCCAAUAAUUUAGCCAAGG